AUGGCGGCGCCCGCUCGGCGGCGGCUGAUGCUGGCGGCGGCUCUGCUGCGGCCCCGGGCCCGGGCCCGGCCCCGGCCCACCUCCCGCCGUGGCUUCUCAGCCUCGGCCCGCGGGACGGCCUCCGCCAACAGCGUCCGCGACACUUUCGUGAGGUACUUCAGGGAGAAACACGGGCACCGGGAGGUGGCGUCCAGCCCUGUCACCCCCAGGGCCGACCCCAGCCUCCUGUUUGUGAACGCGGGCAUGAACCAGUUCAAACCUCUCCUGCUGGGGACUGUGGACCCUCGGAGUGAAAUGGCCGGGUACAAGCGGGUGGUGAACAGUCAGAAGUGCCUGCGAGCGGGAGGGAAGCACAAUGACCUCGAGGAUGUGGGCCGAGACUUAUACCACCACACCUUCUUCGAGAUGCUGGGCAGUUGGUCCUUCGGCGAUUAUUUCAAGGAGGAAGCGUGCAGCAUGGCCUGGGAACUCCUGACGCAAGUGUAUGGAAUCCCCGAGGACCAGCUCUACGUGACCUACUUUGGAGGAGAUGCAGCAUUGAGGCUGAGCCCUGACGAGGAGACCCGGGAGAUCUGGCGCAGCAUCGGCGUCUCUCCUGGGCGGCUUCUCCCGUUUGGACUCGGGGACAAUUUCUGGGAGAUGGGGGAGACGGGCCCAUGUGGGCCAUGCACUGAGAUACACUACGACCAUGUGCGGGGCAGAGAUGCCUCCGCCCAGGUCAACGCAGCGGAUCCCGAAGUGUUGGAGAUCUGGAACCUGGUCUUCAUGGAGUACAACAGGGAGGCUGAUGGGAACCUUCGCCCUCUGCCGCGCCGCAGCGUUGACACUGGGCUGGGGCUGGAGCGACUGACAGCCGUGCUCCAAGGGAAACGCUCCAAUUAUGAUACAGAUCAUUUCACUCCCCUCCUGGACGCCAUUCGCAUGGGCUCGGGAGCACGGUGUUAUCGGGGUUUGGUGGGAGCAGCUGACACCGAAUCUGUGGAUAUGGCGUACCGUGUUCUGGCCGAUCACGCUCGCGCCCUCGCUGUCUGCAUCGCUGACGGCAUCCUCCCGGGCAUGACCGGCCCCCAGCUGGUGCUGCGGAGGAUCCUGCGAAGAGCGGUGCGGUUUUCCUCAGAGGUGCUUCACGCACCCCCGGGGCUCCUCGCCAGUUUGGUGCCGACCGUGGUGGAGACUUUGGGCGAUGUCUACCCAGAGCUGACAAGGGAUGUGACUCAGAUCAUGGACGUGAUCAAUGAGAAUGAGGAGGCUUUCAUGUCCUCACUGGUCCGAGGUCGGAGGAUCAUCAACAGGACUUUGGAGCGAUCGUCAGGAGCGCAGACAUUCCCAGUGGACGUGGCCUGGUCGCUGUACCAGAACCUGGGCUUCCCCCUCGACCUGAUCUCAGUAAUGUUGGAGGAGCGCGGGGUGAGGUUAGACUCAGCGGGUCUGGAGCAGCGCGAGAGAGAGGAGACCGAGCGCAAGAGCCAGUCCAGACAGCCAGGGUCGGAGGUCACGGGCCGGCUGAGUGUUCACGCCAUCGCCGAGCUCCAGCGGAACGGCGUUCCCACCACUGACGACACUCCGAAAUAUUCCUACACCCUCGGUAGCAACGGGAAUUACGUUUUUGAGCCGUCUCGAGCCCAGGUCCUGGCGCUGUGUGUGGACCAGUCCCUGGUACAGGAGGUGGGGGAAGGGCACUGUUGCAGUGUCAUUCUGGACCGAACCAACUUCUACCCGGAGCAGGGAGGGCAGAGCCCGGACCGGGGCUAUCUCGUUCCAGAUCAACACCAGGACUCGCUGCUCCCUGUGGAGGAUGUACAGAUGUGGGCUGGGUACGUGGCUCACCAGGUCACGGCCUUGGUUACCCUUCGUGUGGGUGAGAAAGUCAGCCUCUAUGUGGAUGAGAGCCACCGUGUGGGCUGUAUGGUGCAUCACACAGCCACUCACCUGCUAAACUACGCCCUUCGCCUGGUGCUGGGGGUCCACACAGAGCAGCGGGGGUCCGACGUCACUGCUGAGCGUCUGCGUUUCGAUUUCAGCGUCAAGGCUCCAGUCACUACACAGCAGCUGCAGGAAGUGGAGAGGAUCGCGCAAGAAUUGGUUGAGAGGAACGAGGAAGUGCACAUCGCGGUGGUUCCUUUGGGUCAGACGGCCCGGAUCCCAGGACUGAGGGCAGGACACGAGCUGUACCCAGAUCCUGUGCGGGUGGUGUCAGUAGGAGUCGCCGUGGACAGAUUGCUGAGCUCUGGCGAUGGUGUGUCUGGUUCUGUGGAGCUGUGCUGUGGCACUCACCUGCUCCAGACGGGGCUGAUCCAGGACCUGGUGAUCACGUGGGAACGCCAGCAGGUGAAGGGAAUCAGCCGGAUUACAGCUGUGACCAGGGACCAAGCCCGAGAGGCCCGGGAGAUGGGACGUGUCUUGGAGCAAGAGGUGGAGUCUCUCUGCGUACGGGCGGAGCCGGGAGCCACGUCUCUGGGAGAUUCCCACAGGAUGUCCAGGGAAGUCGGACAGAUGACAAAGACGGUGGAUGAAGCUGUAAUGCCGCAGUGGCAGCGUCGGGAGCUACAGACGAAGCUGAAAGCUCUGCAGCGACGAGUGAACACAGCACUAAGGAAGCUGGAGACGGGGAUGGCAGCUAAAAAAGUCCAGGUGUUUCUGGGAGCAGGUGGGGAGGUCGGGACCCUCAUUGUUGACGCUUUUCCUGUUGAUUCCCUCUCGAUCCUGAUGAAGGUGGUGAACCAGAUCUGUGAGAAAUUGCCUCAAGUGUCUGUGAUGCUGCUGAGCCAGCAAGAUUCUGGGAUGGUUUUUUGUGCGUGUCAAGUGCCAAAGAGUCUGAUGAGCACCUUGUGCGCAGCGGACUGGGCCGUUGCUGUCUGUGCACAGAUGGAUGGAAACGCAGGGGGAUCCAGUGUUGUGGCGCAGGGCUCAGGAACCAACUCAGAUCUGGAGGCAACAUUGAAGUUCGCGACCAAGUAUGCAAAAAACAAAUUGGCAGCUCAGGAACCUACAGUAUUGGAUGCACAAGAAACACCCUGAAAUCACUCAAUGCACGACUGUUUGUGGGACUCUGCUGCGUGCAAUUGGCUGCUGGGUUUUGCCCACAAAAUACACAAACUUCAAAAUGUGAAACACUUUGAGACGUCUCAAUGAUGCGAUGAGGUGCUGUAUCAAAUACAAGGAUUAUUAUUGUUAAAUUGUGCCCCAGCACUGCUGCCUGACCACUGGUCUCAUUCCCAGGAUCACUCACAGACAAUACCCAUAGUGGCAGGUGCGUUGUUGAACAGCAGUCACCUUGGACAAGUCUGUGCAGGUAGCAGUCUCCUGUGCUUGUUUCACUUUGAAUGGAGCUGCAGCCAAAGGAUGGAUAUAUAUACACAUGUGGAGAUCUUGUCUAAGAUUGUUGGUGUCUGUUUUUUUGUCAGCGGGGUGUCUUGACAAGCAGAAACCCAUCACCAUGCUUAAGAGUAUUCAAACCAGACUGAGAAUUCCAUAUAUGUAUACCACCAACCCGUGGAAAUUCCCAUGCGUAGAAUGGAAUGUGUUGUGUCUCUCUGGAAGGGUGCACCCUUUUUUCCAAAUUCCAGAGUAUUGGGUACCAGUUGGCAAGAACAAGGCUUGGGGAACCCAGGAAGUGUGUUGAGGUACAGCAGGAAUGUAACCAGUUAAACCUGGAUAGCUUGCUUUUUUCUGGCAAGCUUCCCUCUAACCACCCUACUCACCAGGGCUUUCACUUGGCAGGUUAACAGUAGCAGAAUGAGAAGAAUCCCUGCUCCCAGUGACUGGUUUGCCUCUUCAAGAUGAUCCAGGCUGGCGAGUGUGCCAUCAGCGGGGCCCUGGAGGACUGCAGGCCCACCUGGCUGAGACUGGAGAUACUUGAUUCUGACAGCUGUAGUGUUUUUUGUGAACCCCCUUUACUCAUUUUCUCAAGCGAUCAUGUAAAUGCCAACAUUUUGCAGAGCAAGACAAUGCAGCGGUUGGUGGUUGCCUUUAGAGUGAGACAAGUGACAUACAAUAUAUCCAUAUAGUUAUGAUCCUACUUCUUGUGUGAGGUUCCUGUAAACUGUAUGUAGACUUGUUUCACUGAGGAAUAAAUUAUUUUUUCAAUA